UAUGGAACGAUAGCGCGUGUGUGAUGGCAGUGUUCGAAGUGCGGAAGUAAAGUAAUUUCUGACGUGUGUUAUUAAUUCGAGUUUGCUCGUCGACUUCAUUAGCGCGCGGGAUUGUUCUAAACUGAGUUGAAUACAGCAGUGGAGAUGACUCUUCAAGUAACAAAAAAUUCACAUUGCACACAGCUGCAGCUUUUCCAAAGCCCUCUAGAAAUUGGAUUUUUCUCUGUGGAUUCUUACCGUCGCCUUCAUUUUGAUCGCUCGCAGAUGAAAUAUUAUGUCCGAAAGCCCAGCGAUAAAUUAUACCUCGAUCUUAAUGCUGGAUAUGGUCAAGCUAUAACGUCUCAGUAUGACACGGCCGAAAGAAUGGAUCAAAUUUUGCAAUGGAUUCAACGUCAAAGACCGUGCUUUAAUGUAGAUUUUAUUACUUUGCGUGGCACUUUGACUCACAUUCUCUGUACACCAUACAUGGGAAUAAAUGGUGACUGGUCCAUCUGCGCGACUAAAUUCAAAGGGAUUAUAUACUUCCGUGAAGUUGAUACAGAAAGCAAGAUCAUCCGAGACUUAUAUUUGACGGAGAGAGAAAAGCAGAUGUCUGCCUGGGGUUACAAAUUUGAGCAGUAUAUGGUUUCAGCCAUACCAAACGGGGUGCCUAAUGUUUCAUCAACGACUCACCAAGUGGAAGAGUUCUCAGUCGUGGUGAACAACAGGAUCGGCCGUCAUUCUUUAUUAUUCACAGCAGAAAUAGACUGCGUAGACAGUAACUUUUCUACUUAUGGAGAUACUACGAAGAAGUAUAUUGAGUUGAAGACUUCAAAAAUUAUGACUCUUCCAUAUCAUUAUACCACUUUUCAAAGGUUUAAGUCACUGCAGUGGUGGGCCCAGAGUCACGUAGCUGGAGUAGAAAAGAUUGUGUGUGGUAUGAGAGAUGACAACGGAAUCGUUCAUUCGAUUGCAGAAUAUGAAACUUCUAAAUUGCCUUUAAUUGGCCAGGGAUUUUGGGAUCCAAAUGUCUGCCAUAACUUCUGCAAUGACUUUUUGGAAUUUCUCAAGGAAACUGUUACAGAAGAUAAUCCAAGAGUUGUCUAUAAACUGGACUACCGAGGAGGAGAUUUUGUUACCUGUGCGAAAUUAAUGAAUCCAGAACUUCGAUUCAGGAUCAUUCCCGAGUGGUUCAUGUAAUAUCACUGCUGUUCUUGUUUACCGCUUAAUUCAAGAAGUUUGCAUUGUAUUCAUUGUGUAAAUGCCUGUUUUAUAUAAUUUUAAAUAUGCGCUUAAUAUUAAUACAUCACUAUGUAAAAUUCGUGUCUGAAAACUGUACUAAUGAAGUGAAACAUAGAUAUUUCUGUCCAGAAUUUUGAGGUUAAGUAUAAUGAAAUAAUGAAACACAAUCAGUCUAUUCUAUACAGCACAAUUUCUUUAUGCUACUAUAAUUUGAUAUACUCACUCAACAGUAAUAUUUUUGUAAACUUAUGUAAUGCAGAUGGUUUUUCAAUAAUUUCUGUACGUCAUUUUUAUUCAUUUAAUAAUUAAGAAUAUUUCUAAAAAUGUAAUUUGAGAUGGAACUUUUGAUGUAAAACUAAUAUAUGCAUACAUCAACUUAAUUCGCUUCUAGUAAUACAAAUAAAAAUGUUGCUUUGUGAGGAAUUUGUUUCACUUUCUAUACAUCCAUUUGCCCUAUAUGUAUGAUGCAUGGAACAUUUUACAUUUAUUCUUUUUAUAAUAUCAUAGCAAGUAAUGCUAAUAAAAAAUUUUAGUAAUCUU